CAUAAGCAUAGAGCAAGAGCGAGAGACAAAGGAGAGCGAGGAAAGAAAUGGCUUGUCAUCUCCUGGGGACCGACUUCACUCUCCCCUUCAAAAGCUCCAAGUUUUCUCAAUUGCGCCAGCAGCGAAAAGGAAGGUCUAAAGGGUCGCAGAAAGUUCCUUCAACUGUUGCUUAUUAUGGACUAAAGACUCCUCCUUAUAACCUUGAUGGUUUAGAGCCGUUUAUGAGUAGGAGGGCAUUAGAGGUGCAUUGGGGUGUGCAUCAUCGUGGCUUUGUGGAUGACCUGAAUAAACAGCUUGGCAAAAGUGAUAUACUGUAUGGCUACACCAUGGAUGAACUUGUCAAAGCAACAUACAACAAUGGGAACCCCCUACCUGAAUUUAACAAUGCAGCCGAGGUGUGGAACCAUGACUUGUUUUGGGAGUCUAUGCAACCUGGAGGUGGGGGCAUGCCCAAACUUGGUUUACUUGAACAGAUUGAAAAGGAUUUUGGAUCUUUCACGAACUUCAGAGAGAAGUUUAUGGAAACAGCUCUCUCACUAUUUGGCUCGGGCUGGGUUUGGGUCGUCUUGAAGAGGCAAGAAAAACGGCUUGCAGUGGUGAAAUCGUCGAAUUCAAUCAAUCCAAUUGUGUGGGAUGACAUUCCCAUCCUCAAUUUGGAUAUGUGGGAGCAUGCUUAUUAUUUGGAUUACAAGAAUGACAAAGCGAAAUACGUGAGCACAUUUAUGAACCACCUUGUUUCUUGGAAUGCUGCAAUGGUACGCAUAGCACGUGCAGAGGCAUUUGUGAAUUUAGGCGAGCCUAAAAUCCCCAUCGCUUGAAAUGCCAACCCUCGAAGCUCGAGACUAAAUGCAAUCGACAAGCUCUCCACUUUGAUUGCAGGAUUUACUCAAAGAAUGCAAAUUAACCGCAGGCCAUGUCUGCUGAACUCCUUCCACAAUGUUUCAAACCGGAUAUCUGCUUCGUCGGUACAGGACUCGAAUCCAUCAUAGGAAAGCAUGGUAUUUCCUUGUGUGGGUUGUACCAUGUAUGAGCCUAGGCUCCCCAAUCCUAACAGAUAGCUUUUUUUUUUGGGGUGUCGCAACCGUCUUUCGGUUGGGCCCCGGAAUUGUGCUUCGACGUGAAUUAAAUAAAUUGGGAGUCGUCAUCAAUCAUUUACUUUACGAAAAGCGGGUUGAUCGAAUA